CCUCAAACCCGGAAGCAUUAUGAAGGUCUUACCAACCUAACAAUCGCGAUGAUUGGAGUGUAGUUAACGUAUUACAGGCCCGGAUAGUCAGGAAUCGGCGCAGAAUGGGUGUUAAAUUAGAGGUGUUUAGAAUGAUGCUGUAUUUGUCCUUUCCUGUGGCCAUGUUCUGGAUCUCAAAUCAACCCGAAUACUUUGAAGAGUAUGUCGUUAAGAGAAAAAGGGAGAUCUUCCCCCGUAAUGAGGAGGAGCAAAGGAAAGAAUUGGAGGCCUUCAAAGAGCGAAUGCGUGUUCGUUGGGAGCAGCAACUUUUGAAAGAGCGUUCUGAAUCUGAGAACUGAGAAUUAUUUGUGGAAGCAUAAGUUCUCAGUACCACUGAUAGUGGGUUAUCUUGUGGUUUUUUUUUCUUCUGGGCAAAGAAAACUUAAACUGGAGUGAGACUGCUGAAAAUCUCUGGAGUUAUCACAUCCCAAAAAUGUGUUGGGUGUUUUUGAGGAUUAAUAAAGCCUAACAUGUAAUAAUAUAUUUAAUUUUCAUAUUUGACUUUUUCAUGUGACUUUCCAAUGCCAAAAUGCUCUUUGUUGUCUGAUCAGUUGAGUUGCUAUGAAUUAUUUGAGUUAUAUAUUCACUUGCAUUUAAUUUAACUGUUGUGAUUUAUUUGUGAGAUGCUGUGCCUAUAACCUGUAUUCACCCCCUUUGAAUUUGUGUUUAGUAUCAUGCAGACUGUAGUGGAUUAAGCAGACAUUUUGACACUGAGCAUGAAACAAAUCUGCAUAAACUGAUUUAAUUUAGGCAUACGUACAAAACAAGGUAAUUAAUCACCAACUCUGCAGUUACUGUCAUAAACUUAUUGUAAAAUAAAGUUUCCUUUAGAUCACAGUUCACAUACAGCGGGCAUUCUUUUGUGAUAUGUCUGUAUUUUAUUGCAUUCAUUGUAAUCUCUACCUUCACAAGCCAUCUUGGUCGUUUUGCUGAUGAGCUCAUCUCAGGCUAAAGAUCUCACCUUGUGGGACGCCGAUUGCUGUAUUAGAUCCAUAGGACUAGCAGGAAGCAUUUUUACCAAAAUGCAAUGUGAAUAACACUCACCCCUUUCUCAGCACCAAUCAUUUUGGUGCCCUUGGGCAAGGCAUCUCACCUGAUUGGUUGAUUUAUUAAGCAACUCUAAGGUGUGAUUUACUGUGCUCUGUCUAAGCUGGGUAAAUAAAGUAUUUGUUGU